AUGGAUGACAACGGGAAUUACGGUUGUAGUGUGUCACAGCACAGGUGGAGCAGUGCUAGCCAGUGUGGCCCUACUUUCUUACACCUUCAACACACAGAGGGGUGCUUCUGUGACUCUCACUUGUGUCACCUCAAACCAUUAUUUUCAUUGACUCAGCUGGAAGUUGUCAAGGACUGUGAUGUAUUUCCAGUGCACAUGAAUCCCAUUUUACAGUCCCAGUUUGUUCCACUGGCAGAAGUCCUAUGCUGUGCUAUAUCAGAUAUGAAUGCAGCUCAUAUUACGGUUACACAGGAAACCUUGCUGGAUCAGUUGGGGAAACAUUAUCCAGGCAUUGCAACUCCUACACAUGAUACUGUCUACAGCACGCUUGGAAUGCUAAUUAAAGAACGGAAGAUAUACCACACCGGGGAAGGAUACUUCAUAGUGACCCCAAAUACUUAUUUUAUUUCUAAUAAUUCUAUGAAGAGCAACAAAAAGGUCCUUCUAGCAGAGAAUUGCCCUCUGGAGCCUUCUGUCACAUACCUUGUAAGCAUGGAGGAUGCUACAGAACUUAUCCAAGAUAAUUUGCCUGUUGUAUCCCAUUGUAGAUCCUGUCACUGUUUCUCUGAUCAAAUUGGAAUGAAUGAACAAAGACCUCAGCGGUUAGUCAGUCAUGACCCUAAUGGAAAAAGUCAAAAAGACUCUUGUCAAUCUAGACUUUCGGUUCAUAUUCCAGCCACUGAUAUGCUUGUUGGCAAUCAUUCUUGCGAAACCGCUCGCUCUGUACAUUCAAUGAAGGAAAAGGAAAAGGUUAAAAAAUUUGGUCUUAGCCUUUUCUGGCGCAACACCAAAAAACACAAACCUAAAAAAGUACACUCCUCAUUUUCUGCCCAGUUUCCUCCUGAAGAAUGGCCAGUAAGGGAUGAAGAUAAUUUGGAUAACAUUCCACGUGAUGUUGAACAUGAAAUUAUCAAGCGCAUCAAUCCUGUGCUGACUGUGGACAAUUUAAGUAAGCAUACCAUGCUGAUGCAGAAAAUCGAGGAGCAGAAGAAAUAUAUCAAUAAAGGAACUUCUACAGAAGUGCUAAUGAUAAAGCACAAGCAUUUUUCCAAAGGGUGCUCCCAACGAAAAGAAAAUAAAGGGGUAAAGCAUCGGAGGAAAGUGCAGUCCAACAAAGAAAAACAAAUGGGUAAAUCACACAGAAAAUUUAAAACUGAAAAACUAAUCCCAGCUCAAGGCAAACUGGAAAACCUUGUUGAAAAUCCAUUGGCUUGUGCUACAAGUGAUGCUAUAGCUUUCAAUAAGCAAUUGUGCAAGGAUGCAACUGAUAUUACUUCUCACUUUAUAUACAAAAAAGAAAUUGAUAAUCCAUUUCAAGAUAUUCCAUAUAGAAAGAAUAAGUUAACAAGAGGACAUAAAAGUCAGAAAAACAGUGAUGCAAAGUCCAGAGCUCCUAGAUCAGAGAGAAAUUUUCCAAGAUCCCAGUCUUUGGAUUCCUCAAGAUCUAUGGACUUUGAAGCUAAGCAAUCACUCCCUGUCAAAUGUGAUGCUGGGGAUGACAAAAAGCAGCAGGUGGAUUAUCCUCAGUACUGGGUUUUAGAAACAGAUGGCAAAUACAGAUACCUGAGAGAAAGUGCAGCUUGUAAACAUUAUUUGCACAGAGGAACUAACCCCAAAAGUAUGGUGGAGAUCCAGGUAGUUUCUGAUGCUCAUGCUGUACUCACAGAUGAAGGAGCAGAGAAAAGCUUUCCCCAGAAUUCUAGUGAAACCCACCAGUGGGAUCAAGAUAGCAUAUAUGAAUUGCUGAGUCAAAAUUCAGAUCAGCUUAAAAAUGUUUAUCUUCUCAGUGACACAAAUGCUGCUCAUCAGUUUAAACAGUCUGAAAAUACUGUUUCCCAAGGACAAAGUAACGAUUUAAGGAACAAACUGAACUCUGAAAAUGCUAGCAAAUGGCUUCAGUCCAUUAACCCACAAUAUGAUGGAUUGACUUAUGAUGAAGAGACUCAGUAUCAGAAAGAGGAUGAUGUUGAUGCCUGUAGUUUUCUGUAUCUUGAUGCUGAUAAUCAAGAACAACAUAUGGAGAUGUCCAAGUUGAAAUCCAGCCAACUCCCUUUCAGUUCUUCAGAUACAGGGGAGUGGAGUAACAUAAAACAAGAAUUUCGUACUGAAGUACUCGGACAUGGAAGUUCUAAUUCUUACUUCCAAGGGCAUAGAACAGAUAUGGAAAAAGUUGAUAUAUGCAGUCCUGAAGAAAACAAAUUACUUGAUGUUACUAAAUCACAGGAUAGUUUAAAGGAGUAUCCAAAGAUAAACCUUGGAGGAAAAAGUUGUGUAUGUCAUCCAAUACCUCAAUAUGCGUACAAAAACAUUGAAGGGAAUGAGGAUCUGUAUAAUAAUAGGCAGAUAUCCAAUACUGCUGAAACCAACGUGUUUGAUUUCUGUGAUGUGCGUCAGACAGAGACCAGAAUUUGGCAGAAUUCAGUAAAUGAAGCAGGUGGGAAAUUAGCAUCCUUGGCACUGUCACCAAAAGACUGGGAAAUCAAGACAGAUCUAAUGGAAAAGCAACAGGCAUUUGAUGAUACAAAUGAUGUUCCAGUUCUGGAUCAGAAGGUCCAACAAGAGCAAAAUCACUUGGAAGGAACGGGAGGCCAUAGCAUAACAGGCGAUAGUGGAAUAGAUUCCCCCAGAACACAAAGUAUGGCUUCUGCUAAUUCUGCCAUCAUGGAUGGAUUGAAGAAAAGAAGAAGCUUUCUCAUGAAUUUGGAGGGCAUAGAGAAGACUUUGCAGAGCGGAAAGAACCUUACACGAAACUCCUUGCUUCAGUUGACUCCAGUCAUGAAUGUUUAACUUUUUUCUUCUUAACAAGUUUUGAUAAUUCCAUUGUAAAUAUGUUAAUAUAUGUAUGUAUAUACUGUAAACAACUUAAGUUGCCAUAGUAUGAGUUGUGCCCUCAAUGAUGCUAAGCCCUCAACCGAUCAUCCUGUGCAAGGCAGGAGGUGUGGCUCCUGAGCUUUCUGACCUCCUCCUCUGUAUUUUUGCCCAUCUAAUGAAAGGAUUUUGGAAGGGGAGAAAAAGAGGCUGCUUGUAUCUUGCUUACCUCUCCCCUUGCCUCCGCAAUAUGCUCCUUUUUUCUCCUUUCCAGGUUGUGCUUCUAGCCUCAAAGAGGCAGCAGGUGUGCUUUUUUCCACACCAGGUACAGGUGGAUCACAAAUUCCCUGUUCCAAGGUUGGACCACUAUCUCUGACCUGGAAUUUUGGAAAUUUAAAGCAUCCUGGGUCUGGAGGCCAUAGGAUUGCUCCUUUACCAAUUAAAUGUCUGAAAGUAGGUAAGAUAAUUAUAUUCUCAUAUGUAUGAAACUUUUGUAAUAAA